AUGGGGUGCUGCCCGGGCGACUGCUUCAACUGCUGCCAGGAGCAGGAAUGCUGUGAAGAGUGCUGCUGCCAGCCGUGCUGCGGCUGCUGUGGGUCCUGCUGCAGCUCGUGCUGCGGCUGCGGGGGCUCCGGCUGUGGGGGCUCGGGCUGCGGAUCGUCCUGCUGUGGAUCGGGCUGCGGGGGCUGCGGGGGCUGCGGGGGCUGCGGGGGCUGCGGCUCCGGCUGCGGCUCCGGCUGCUGUGGCUCCAGCUGCUGUGGCUCCAGCUCCGGCUGCUGCGGCCCUGUGUGCUGCCAGCCCACAGCUGUGUGCGACACCAAGUGA